CCCACUCGCGCAGUCGUCCGGGCGAGCGAAGAUGGCGGCCGAGAGGGAACCUCCUCCUCUGGGGGACGGGAAGCCCACCGACUUCGAGGAGCUGGAGGACGGCGAGGACCUGUUCACCAGCACAGUGUCCACCCUCGAGUCAAGUCCAUCAUCUCCAGAACCAGCAAGUCUUCCUACAGAAGAUAUUAGUACAAACUCCAAUGGUCCAAAACCAGCAGAAGUUGUGCUAGAUGAUGACAGAGAAGAUCUUUUUGCAGAAGCCACAGAAGAAGUAUCUUUGGACAGCCCAGAAAGAGAACCUAUUCUUUCUUCAGAACCUUCUCCUGCAGUCACGCCUGUGACCCCUACUACACUCAUUGCUCCCAGAAUUGAAUCAAAGAGUAUAUCUGCUCCUGUCAUCUUUGAUAGAUCCAGGGAGGAGAUUGAAGAAGAAGCAAAUGGAGAUAUUUUUGAUAUAGAAAUUGGUGUAUCAGAUCCAGAGAAAGUUGGUGAUGGUAUGAAUGCUUACAUGGCAUAUAGAGUAACAACAAAGACUUCUCUUUCCAUGUUCAGUAAGAGUGAGUUUUCAGUUAAAAGAAGAUUCAGUGACUUUCUCGGUUUGCAUAGCAAGUUAGCAAGCAAAUAUUUACAUAUCGGUUAUAUUGUGCCUCCAGCUCCUGAGAAGAGCAUAGUAGGAAUGACCAAGGUCAAAGUGGGUAAAGAAGAUUCAUCCUCCACUGAAUUUGUAGAAAAGCGGCGAGCAGCUCUUGAGAGAUAUCUUCAAAGAACAGUAAAGCAUCCAACCCUGCUACAGGAUCCUGAUUUAAGACAGUUCUUGGAAAGUUCAGAGCUGCCUAGAGCAGUUAAUACACAGGCUCUGAGUGGAGCAGGAAUAUUGAGGAUGGUGAACAAGGCUGCCGACGCUGUCAACAAAAUGACAAUCAAGAUGAAUGAAUCGGAUGCAUGGUUUGAAGAAAAGCAGCAGCAAUUUGAAAAUCUGGAUCAGCAACUUAGGAAACUUCAUGCCAGUGUCGAAGCUUUGGUCUGUCAUAGAAAAGAGCUUUCAGCCAACACAGCUGCCUUUGCUAAAAGUGCUGCCAUGUUAGGUAAUUCUGAGGAUCAUACUGCUUUAUCUAGAGCUUUGUCUCAGCUUGCAGAGGUUGAAGAGAAGAUAGACCAGUUACAUCAAGAGCAAGCUUUUGCUGACUUUUAUAUGUUUUCAGAACUGCUUAGUGACUACAUUCGUCUUAUUGCUGCUGUGAAAGGUGUUUUUGACCAUCGAAUGAAGUGCUGGCAGAAAUGGGAAGAUGCUCAAAUUACAUUGCUCAAAAAACGUGAAACUGAGGCAAAGAUGAUGGUUGCUAAUAAACCAGAUAAAAUACAACAAGCUAAAAAUGAAAUAAGAGAGUGGGAAGCAAAAGUACAACAAGGAGAAAGAGAUUUUGAACAAAUCUCUAAAACAAUUCGAAAAGAAGUGGGAAGAUUUGAGAAAGAACGAGUGAAAGAUUUUAAAACUGUCAUUAUCAAGUACUUAGAAUCAUUAGUACAAACACAACAGCAGCUGAUAAAAUACUGGGAGGCAUUCCUACCUGAAGCCAAAGCCAUUGCCUAGCAAGAAGAUACUCUCAUUCAGAAGAUUUUGGAUAUUUGUUCCAGUAUGCUGAACUCCACAGUGAAAUCAUUUAAAAUCAUCUAAAUAAACCACUAUAUAUUUUGUGAAUUACAUGUGGUUUUUUUAUAUAUAUAUGCUAUGACAUUUUAUUACAAGCUGCAUGUCCUGACCCUCUUUGAACUAAGUGGACUGUGGCAUGACAUUCUGCAAUACUUUGCUGAAUUGAACACUAUUGUGUCUUAAAUAUUUGCACUAAAAAGUGCACUGCAAGGCCAGAAAAUCUUACAAUAUUUUUUCUUUACAAUACGUUCUGUAGUGUGUUUACCCUCUUUAUGAAGUGAAUUAUCAGUGCAUUGAUUAAUGUUCACUUAUACAUUCCUGUACAGAAAUUAUGAUUUUGUGAUUAUAGUAAUAAAAUAAUAUUCCUUGUGAAAUAUUAGUAACAAGUUAUUUGGGUAUGUCAACAUAUUAAAGAUCUUAUCAAAGUAUAAGAAGAAGAAACAUUUUAUAGGGGCAUAUAGGUGAUAUUAUGAUCCACUAAUAAUAGCCUUUUUCUUAAGGGACUAAUUGAAACUUAAAUUUCUCAUGAAUUCAUCAUAAACCAAAGAACAUUGAUUUCUUGAUUCAGCGCUGGGAAAUGCUCUUGUCUUGGGUAAAGGUAGAGAAUAAUUGUCUUGGCUUGUUUUUGACAAUCUCUACUAUAAGCAGUUUAAUAGUUAGGGGGAAAUGUAUUCAUGUACUUUCGUUACAAAUCCAUGGAUCAUACUCAUCUUCAGUUGUUACCUUCAAAAUCAAGGAUUGCAUUGUUGGAUCAUACUCAUCUUCAGUUGUUACCUUCAAAAGCAAGGACUGCCUGUUUUUAAUCUGUUCGUUACCUUUUCUUUGUUUUUCAUUUUAAACUGAAAAUAGAUCACGUGUGAUCACAACUACAAAGACUGACACCAAACUUUUUUAAUCACCAAGGAACACACAAAACGUACUCGAGAAAAAUGAAACUUGGUUUUUACAACCUACUCAUCUAUCCUGUAUCUUGUUUAGAUAUCUGUUACCUAAUUGUUAAUACUGGUAAAAGUUUAACGUGGCAGCAGGGUCAGUUUCAUUUUGUUUUGAAUUAUUCCUAAUGAAGUCUUUCUUCUCAAGCAGUACUAACAUCUCCCUGCCAGAGGAGUAAGUUGUGGUAUGUAUAACUGAGUCCUCUCAGUUCAUUGUACAGAUUUUGUGUAUUACCUUUAUUUUUGAUUUUUUUUAAGGUCACUGUAGGUAUUACUUAUAUUCAUGCUCUUAGAACCCAGACAAUUAUGUACAAUAUACAAAAUAAUAUUUGCUCUUUUUAGAAUAAAAAAGUGAAGCAAAACUAGUAUAAUAUUCUAGUCUUGCUUCUGUUGAAUGUAAUUUAGAUAUGAGAAACAGGUAGUUUAUAAUAAUAUAUACCUGAUACUUUGUUUUCUUCUAAUACUGACAAAAUAUAGUUCUACUUGGAAUAGUUCCACUCUAAUGAUGUCCUAGUAUUAUAUCUUUAUUUGUUAUGUACAAAUUAGUUGUUCAAGCCAGAAUUUUAUUCCACUGUGGUACGUUCUUUAGAAUACUCAGUACUUCCAAAUAAAAUAAUUACUUUCUGUCUUAAUCAGCUGAAGAAAGUAACAGCUUCAGCACAGUUCCAGAAAUCAUGUGUGAACCUCUGAGCUCUACCAACAUUUAAGGGGGAUUUAUUUACUUCAGUAAUUUUACCAACUGCACUCAUCAGUUUCCUCCGUUCUCCGUCCUUCCAAGUAAAUAAACAAGAGUAUUAAUGCUGAUAAUCUUUUAGUUGGGUAGGCCUGACUCUUAAAUACUCUUUUAUUCUUUAACCAGAUAUGAUUUAAUGGAAGGAUGUUAGUAAUGGAACAAGCUGAACUUGGGAUCAGCAUAUUCAAUUCAGUUUUGGCUUCUAGCUCUUUGUAGCUCUGUGACAUUCUAUUACGUAUCUUUGAAGCAAGGCCAUAUAACCGAUGCCUGAAGUGCCUUUCUACUUCAAAACGUUUUAAGAUAUUAUGUCAAUUAAAUAUUUUAUUAGAAAAUGCAAUCUGAAACAAAACUACCUUAAGUAAUUAAUAAAAUUAAGCUAAAAGAGAACUCAAACAAAAUGAAUGUAUGUAUAGAUAUAAUUUCUUAUACAUAAAAGAUUAUGUCCUUGAUUGUAUCUUUUGCUAAGCUAUUUUAAACAAUUCAAUUUUUAUAAAAUGCAUAUAUGUUUAUACUAGUCUCAAAAUAUAAUUGCUUCAUUGUUGGUAUUUUGAAUUUUUCUCCUUUGUUACUGGCAUAAGAUGUGUUACUAGUGGGCUUUAAAUACAAAAUAAAUAGGUCUUAGCAAAAUCAGGUUAUUUUAAGGGAAGUGUCAAGAAAAUAAAGAAGAAUUUUAUAUAUUUGUGUAUAUAUAUAUAUAUACAUAUACACACACAUUUUUUUGUGUGUGGUUGUUUCCUAGUCCUUCUUGCUUGACCACCCCCCCCCAAAAAAAUUAUAUCCCUUUUAAAAACUCAGUCUUAAUAUCUGCAUGUAAUUAUAAAUUAACAAAAAUGUCUACUUCACUUUUGUGGUUCCCUGCAUAGCCGGUCAUAUGGUUAUCAUGAAUUAAGGAGACAUAAGUUCAUUAACAAUAACUAACUACAGAUGGGCAACACAAAAGAUAUUCUACUUUGAGAUACUGAAGGAGGAAGAUAAGACUUAUAAGAAGGAGGCUUGGGGAGUUUGAAGGCAUUUCAACAUCUUAGUUCACUAGGAAAUAAGAACGCCACAAUAGUUCUCUCUGUGAUAUUGCAUAUUUCAAAAAUACUGGGUAUGCUGAAUAGAAUCACCAGUCCUUUCUCUAUGCAAAACAUGGAAUCGAAUAAAUAGUAGACGAUACUCUUACAGUAAGAGUAAUAUUAGGUAGUCACAUGGAAAUAGAGGAGAACCACCACAAAUGAAAUGCUGGGAAAGAAUGUUGACACAUUCUAUUGUUAUGAGGACCAUGAAUUGAGCCCUGCUAAUCUGUGGAGGAGGGCCAUAACAAUUUGACUAAUAGAAAUAGAACAUCAGCCACAUUAGUAGUUUAGACUUUUCCAUAAUCUGAUUUUAAAGAGUAAGUAGACAAAGUUAGUAGCUCUAAAAUAUCUAACACAUAGUCCAGUAUAUUAAAAAUUAUUCCAAUAUUUUAAGUUCUUGUGGUUAUGUUUGUUUGGGAUAGUCUUUGAUAUCUUCCUUAUGUUAAACACUGUCACAUCUCCAUUCAGACGACAUUGGUGUCACCUGUGGCUAGAUGGAUAAUAGUGAGCAGUGCAGGUUUAGACAGUACUAUGGAAAUGGAAGUACAGAUGAACUUGAACAGCUCUAUUGUUAAUUCACGAUCCAUGUCCAGCAAAGAUGCUCAAUAAAAGGGACAAGUAGUAGGUAUGACUCUCAAGGGAAGGUACAACUUGGGUGCAAGGCUUCUUAAGGAAGUGUGCUUCCAAGUAGUGAUUGGUACUUACUUUGAAUAAAUUGUAGCAGUGUUGCCAACGGAGAAGGUAAGAGAUGGUCUAAACUAUGCUCUCAUUUUACAGAGGAGCAGGUUCAGAGCUUAAAUCAUCAUGAUUAAAGUGAUUUUUUUGUCUUUAAUCUGUAUUGAUGGUCUGAACAUUCUUAUUUGAAAAUGUUUGAUAAGCUUUUCAAAAUUUUUAUUCUAAUCAUUCACAUAAUUCUCAGAAGCCUUUGGGAUAAAAAUAAUUUAUUUCUUCAAAGUUAAGUGGCUAAGCAUAGAUAAUUAUACAGAAUACAAAAGUUGUGACGUGCUGUCUAAAUUUUUAACACGUUUAAGAAACUUGAAAUGCUUCUCUUCCUUUCUCUUGUCACAUACCUUUAAAUCUCUGCAGAUUAAAUUUUUAAAGUAAUUUUUUUUAAUUAACUUGGUCAAAUGGAAACUUUGUAAUUAAAGCCAAUUAAGAUGAAGUUGCCCAUUUGUUAGUUAAUAUGCUGAAACUUUUUUAUUAAGGGAAGCUGGUGGGAUAAAACCCUUAAUUGAGAACUGAGGUUUUUUUUUUAAGGUUCUAUUUUUAAAUAACAUGUAACUGUUCAAUAAGAACUAAACUUAGACAAAACUUAACAGAACUAUUUAAACAAUAAAUUGCUUUCUUAUUCCUUCCACCUAAAAGUCUCCAGUUAUCUUGAUUUUUAAAAUUUUAUGGAUCUUCAGAUGUUCUCACUAUAUAUACAUUUGUUGAGUGUGUGUACAUCAGUGUGUUUAUGCAUGCAUGGCAAUUGGUUUUUCAAGCAAACUUAGCACUACAUUUAAGUUGUAAUGUAACCUCAGCCUCCAGUAAUAUGUAUGAAGCAAAAUGCUUAUCUUUAGGAGUGAUUUUGCUCAUGUAUUAUCCUGCCAAGGCCAGUUUGGGUUCAUUCUUUUUCUGAAACCUCCCUAAAAUCUGUUUCCUCUCUUCUCUACUACCUCCUGGGUUCAAGAAUUUGUGACUAUUUACCAAAACUUUUGUCUUUUAUGAAAUAAACUUCAUUAACUUAUUUACUUA